AUGACCAACCUCCAUUUAUGCUUCAUGAACCUUCCAUUUCUUCUUCUUUUCUUUCUUCAUCCAUCUUCUGCCCUCACCAUUGAUGGCAUCGUCUUGCUUUCUUUCAAAUACUCUGUUUUAGACGAUCCUUUGGGUGUUUUAGACACCUGGAGCUACUCCCAUGAGACUCCAUGUUCAUGGAACGGCGUCGUCUGUGGGUUCUCCGACAACCGUGUCACCGGAUUAUCGCUUCCCAAUUCGGAACUCGUCGCCUCCAUUCCCGCCAAUCUGGGUUUGAUUGAACACCUUCGAGAAUUAAACUUAUCUAAUAAUUCGAUCAAUGGGUCCAUCCCUUUGUCAUUGUAUAAUGCACCGGAGCUCGAGUCUCUUGAUUUUUCCAAUAAUUUGAUCUCCGGCGAGCUUUUUGGGUUCGUCGGGGCAUGGCGAAGUCUCCGGGUUCUUAACGUCUCCGGUAACUCGUUAACGGGAAAGCUGCCGGAGAAUCUUGCACUGCUUGCUAACUUAACGGUGGUUUCGUUGAAGGGUAAUUACUUUUCCGGCGAGCUCGUAAGUGGGUUUGGUUCUGUCAAAAUUCUAGAUCUAUCGAGCAAUUUCAUCAAUGGGUCGUUACCUAAAGAGUUAGGCAGCGGUGAUCUUGAUUACUUCAAUGUUUCACACAACAAUAUUUCCGGCGAGAUUCCGCCGGAAUUCGCGAACAAACUUCGAACAAAUGUGACGAUUGAUUUGUCAUUCAACAAUCUGGCCGGAGCAAUUCCGGAAUCUAGCGUUUUCUUCAACCAAAACGAGAGACAGUUCGCCGGAAAUCCGGAACUUUGCGGGAAGCCAUUGGAGAACCUCUGUUUAGUCCCUUCUUCUGUUUCCCCUCUACCCAACGUCUCUUCCGGCAGCACAACAUUCCCUCCGGCGAUCGCCGGUAUCCCAGAAACCAUUCCCUCUUCUCCUUCAAGCAAUUCACCAAACACCUCAGAUGCAUCUUCAAAAACCAAGUUUAAAACCACCACAAUCAUCGGAAUCGUACUCGGAGACAUCGCCAUCGUCACAAUUCUCGCCCUCAUUUUCAUUUACGUACUGAGAAAACGAAAAGGGGUUACAUCAACUCAUCGAAAUCACGAAAAAGAUUCGAAUUCAAAUAAGGAAUACGACUGGGCUUCAUCGUCCGAUGAAGAACACAAAUGGUUACGAUCAUGGGCGUGUUUGAUGAAGAGAAAAAGCACCGAAGGAGAAGAAUCAUUGGCCGAAACUUCAAGCUCCGAAUGCUCGGAAACAGAAAUCCCGCAACCGGAAAGGUCAAAACCCGACAACCCGGCAAGAAAAGAAGCAGAUAAAAAAGGGUUGGUGACGGUUGACGGUGGCGGGAAAGAGCUUGAGCUUGAGACGCUAUUAAGAGCGUCAGCAUAUAUACUCGGCGCCACUGGGUCGAGUAUAAUUUACAAAGCGAUUUUGGAAGACGGUACGGCUUUGGCGGUGAGACGAAUCGGUGAAAAUGGGUUGGAGCGGUUCAAGGAUUUCGAGAACCAGGUUCGGGUCAUUGCAAAGCUGGUGCACCCGAACCUGGUUCGGAUCCGAGGAUUUUAUUGGGGUGCGGAUGAGAAGCUUGUUAUCUACGAUUACGUUCCCUAUGGCAGCUUAGCCAAUGCACGUUACAGGAAAGUGGGAUCUUCGCCUUGCCCGCUACCUUGGGAAAUGCGGCUCAAGAUAGCGAGUGGCACUGCCCGUGGACUAUUGUACAUCCAUGAGAAAAAGCAAGUGCACGGAAAUCUGAAGCCUAGUAACAUUUUAUUAGGAUCUGAUAUGGAGCCCAAGAUUGGAGAUUUCGGGCUCGAGAGACUGGUGGUAGGCGAUCAGAGUUGUAAAGUGGGUGGAUCAACUCGAAACUUUGGCAGCAAGAGGUCGAAUGCCUCUCGAGACAGCUUCCCUGACAUCAUGAUUGGGUCAAACCCAAGCCCUAGCCCAAGUGCGAUGGGCUGCAUUUCUCCAUAUUACGCUCCAGAGUCACUAAGAAGUCUGAAGCCGAACCCAAAGUGGGAUGUGUACUCGUACGGUGUGGUGUUGCUUGAACUGCUAACAGGAAAGGUUAUAGUGUCUGACGAGUUUGGGCCUGCGAGCAUGACGUGGAGCUCCACGUUGGAAGUGGAAGAGAAGAAAAAGGUGUUACGGAUGGUGGAUGUGGCGAUCCGGGGCGACAUGGAGGGUAAGGAAGAGGCAUUGUUAGCACUGUUAAGAGUAGCUUAUAGUUGUAUAUCAUCGGUCCCACAAAAGAGACCCUCUAUGAAAGAGGUGUUAUCUGCUCUCGACAAAUUCCCUACUGCAUUUUCGUAUUAUUGAAAGAAAGGGAAAAUUGUAAAAAGUGAUGUGUAUUUAUGGUUAGAAAUUGACAAGUAAAUGGUUG